UUUGUUUUGUUUCUUUUUCGGCUGCCAUCAAUCCAGUUCGUCGUGCGCCGCGUGUGUUAAUUUUCAUUGUUGCAGUGAAAAAUUUCGUGAAAAUUCAAUAAAAAUACUUAUUACAGUGCAGUGAAAAUGAGCAAAUUCCGUUCAAAGUUGAAGAAGAAAGUGGGAGGCAAGCGGUGGUCCCGCGGGCAAGCCUCGACCUCCAAUCCCGAAACGAGUAAACAUCGCGCGAAGGCUAAGAGCCGUUUCUUCCAGGCAAAUCUGAGCUUGGCUCCGCCGGUGCAGCCGGAUGGGUCACCGGCCAGCAAGCUCACAUUGGAGGCCGUGAUGAAACACGAAGCCAUUCAGUCGUACAGUGGCGCCGGCAAGAAGGCGGAUCCGACGGUGAACGACAUUGCGGCAAGCAUUCGGUCGUUUAGUAUGCAGGACGGCAUGGACGGGGAUGGGAUGACGGAAUCGGCCCUGGGCGGUGGGACGUUCAAGACGUUUCAAACGUUCGCGUCGAAUUUCAGCGCUUGCAGUAAUAUGAGUUUUAAGAAGCUGUUGAACAACUUCCGGGCCGACUCGCAGGUUCAGAAGGACAUGUUGGCCAUUUUGGCGGCGCUCACUGAGGUGAUUAAGGAAAGAGGUGGAUCUCAGAGCAGCACGGAGUACUUCCUGGCGCUGAUGGAAACUAUCGAUGCCACAAAGGAGGAUAGCGACACAGUUGCGGCCGUCUCGUUGCUCUCGAUGGGCAUCAAGUCCGUUCCGGAAGCGGUGCUGAGGAAAAAGUUCUCCGAAACGGGACAAUCGCUGCUGGGCCUGCUGGAGCGCUACGCCGAUUCUGACAACCAGAAUAUGGUCCGCAGCAUCAUCGGGUGUUUGUCGGUGCUGAUGAGGGCGCAGGAAUAUUCCCAGUGGAAACUGUCGUCGACGUUGAAGUUUUUCGACGCUCUUCUGGCCUUUGUGAUCCACACCAAACCGAAGGUGCGAAAGGCGGCGCAACAUGCCGUGGUUGCGAUUAUCCAUGGCAGUUGCUUCAUGCUUCCGCCGAAGAUAGAGAACAAAGAAGGGGAAGAGGACGAUCAGAAGAUGGAAGAUGGAGAAUCUCCAAAGCCGCUGGUCAAGUGCCAUCCGGUUGGUGGGCGGGUGGCCAAAUUUUGCGUGGGGCAGUUCCGGCCGGAAAAUGUCGGAAACAAUCAAACGCUGGUCUUGCAUACCUUGGGAUUGCUGCACAAUGCUUUGCCAGGAUUCUCCAAGGACGAUAUCAAGCUGGUUGCGGAAAGCUUGCUGUCCAUUAUGACCGCUACGAAUGUGCUGAUCAGGACCAACUGUUUCCAGACGUUCCAUUCGCUGUUUGCAUCAAAGACCGAGAAUCUUACGCCGGUGCUGGCCGGGAAGCUGAUUGCGGCCUUGUACGAUUACCGUCCGGACAAAUCCGACUCCAAGCAAACGAUCGCCUGGCUGACGGUGCUGAAGGAGGGUCACUUGUUCCUGGGAAAAUUCAACUUAACCAUGUGCAGCAGUGCUCUGCCUCGGUUGGUCGAUGUUUGCACUCAGGACUUCUGGGGAUCGGACAAGAUGGAAGUGGUAUCGGCUGCUUCCAAUGCUCUGAAGGAUAUCCUCUACGAGUGCAUCCAACCGUGCUGCGACGAUGAAGAAGUCGAGAAGCACCGUGUCUCGCUCGAGAAGGUUCUUAAAUCAAUCAGUGAAGUGUUGACUUCCUCUCCUUUCGGUCAUGCCUCGAAUCAAGUUCUGAUCAUUCUGGCCAUUGCUUUCGACCUCGCCGGAAAACACUUUGGACCUGUUCUUGCUCCAGCUCUCAAGACCCUCGGAAAUCGUUAUGAUCCUCAGUCAUCCACCAGAAUCCAGAUUGAACACGCCGUCCUUCAAGCGAUCGGAUCCAUGGACACCGGCCUUGUCUUGGAGUGUAUCCCCCUGGCUGAAGCAUCCGGCAAGAUCGAUCUCGAUCGUACAUGGGUCCUUCCACUGCUUCGAGAAGGCCUCAACCAGUCCCGCCUUGAGAUCUUCAACAACGUCAUCCUGAAGCUAGCCUAUCAAUGCUACGUCCUCUGGAACAAGUUCAAGGAGUCCGACAACAAACAACAAGCUCACAUCUUCGAACUGCUCUGCUGCCAACUGUGGGGCCUCUUCCCUGGCUUCUGUCGUCGACCCAAAGACAUCCAGAACUUCCGCCUGAUCGCCAAAACCCUCGGAACCGUGCUCAACGAAAACCCGGACCUCCGAUCCCCAAUCCUAGAUGGCCUCAAGGAACUCAUCCCUCACCUGGAAACCGACGCCGACAAAGCCGAAGUCGGCAAGUUCGCCAAGAACUUCCUGCCUCGCCUGUUCAACAUCUACACGACCAAACCGAAAGGCAGCUACGAGAACGAAGUCCGCCAGGCGGCCUUCGAAACCAUCAAAGCCUUCCUCACCGUCACACCGCAGUCGGUCCUGGAAGAGAUGCACACCGUUGCCCUGAACGAACUGACCACCAAGGCACCGGGAACAUUCAUCUACGACAUGCUGUUUGACGUGGUUGAACAACUGUCGCUCUACCAAUCGUCCGAGAAACUUGACGACAUCUACCAGCGGUACAUUAGCGUGAUCCUGAAGCGGGAUAAAUCGCAAGAAACCGUCGCCAAAACAAACGCAAACGUGCGCCGUCAGAUGAAGAAGGCGUUCAAACUGCUGAAGGAGGUGCUGGCUUCCGAUAACGCCGGAUGUGUGGAGUUUGUCGCGGCGAAGCGUGGGAACAUCGAGAAGCUGCUGCUUGGAACGCUGCACGCCACAUUCGAUGGCAUUCAGGCACCGCGGUUGGCAUGUCUAAAACUGCUCAUCGAGAAGAACCCGGAGGUUAAGCUCAGCAACAAGAUCAUUACCCGGACGGUUCCGGAGGCGGUCGCUUCCUACUCGGUGGAAGCCGUCAAGCACGAAAACCUCUCGAACGAUCUGAUCGAACUGAUCGGCAACAUGUUCAAUAUCGAGGGCAAAAUCAAGGACUUUGAGAAUUUGAUCAUCGCCGGAUUGGUCGGCGAUACAACUCUGGUUACGAACACCAUCUGGGUGUUGAAGAACGUUCUGCAGACCUUUACCGGUGCCAUGACGGUGGAAUCGCUCCGCUUCAUGCUGGAACAGGUUCUGACCAUCAUGGUGGGCAACAAUCGUUCCGAGGUGGAUGCCGCCAUUAACUUCCUGCUGUUGUACAUCAAGAUCCUGCCGGUGCCGUUGGUCACCAACGAUCUGCCGUUGAUUACAAAAGCCCUCUCUCAAAUGGUUCCGGAUACAAAGCGACACUGUCGAUUGCUGGUGGGAUACACUCUCAAGCGGUUAUGCAAGCGAUUCGGAGCGGAGGAGAUCGUCAAACUAGUGCCCGGAAACGAUGAAGUUACCCACAAGCGAUUGAAGAAGAUUCGCAAGGAAUUGGCCCGGGCCAAACGGAACAAGCUGGCCGAUCAGAAGAAGAACAAAAAGGGUGCCAGCCAGGAUGACGAAGAUGACGAUGAGGACGACGGCUUGGCCGGUCAUUUGGAGAAGAAGAGUCUAACGAUCGAUGACAUUCUGGAGGACUCGGAAUCGGACUCCGAUUCGGGCGUGGAGGACGAAAAAAGGGCCAAGAAGAAGAUGGACACCUACAUCAAGGAGUCGCCGGAAAACAUUGUGGAUCUGGCGGAUUUGGAUGCGAUCAGCAAGAUUACCACAUCUCAGCCGAUGGAUCACUCUCAGCCGGGCACAUCGCAGCCCAAGAAGAAGAAGGAUGUCAAUCGAGGCUUCGCGACGGCUUCGGAUGGUCGGUUAAUCAUCGAGGACAUUGAAGACUACUCCGAUUCGGACGAGGAUCCGGACGAGAAUGUCGGUUAUAAGGACAAAGCCAAAAAGCGAGUGUACGACGAGGAGGAGAGUGAUUCGGAUGCUGAGCGCGGGGAGGAAGCCGGUGCCGAGGCCGACGGACCCUCGUCUCGCAAGCGAAAGGCAAUGGAAGCGAUGAGUAUGCGGUCGGGCAUGAGCGGUGCCAGCAGUCGGUACGUGGCCGGUGGAAAGGGUAUCCAUCGACCGGUGGCGGCGUCGGUCAAGUCCGGAUACAGCAGCAAAUCGACCAAGUCCAACAAAAGCGCCAAGACUUACGCCUCCGCCGGAACGGAGUACAAAUCCAAGAAGGCACAGGGCGAUAUGCUGAAGAAGGGCAAGCAUGAACCGUAUGCUUAUGUGCCACUGAGCAGGAAUUCGCUGAAUAGACGAAAACGAGCAAAGAACGCCGGUCAGUUCAAGAGUAUUGUCAAGGGAGCCCGGAAGGGUGCGGCAGCCGGGGCGAAGAAUCGAAUGGUGAAAAAAGCUGGUUCCAAGCGUAAGUAGAAUGCGCUGGUUUCGGCCUAAGGUAAGGGAAGUUCUUUCGGCAAUCCUCAUAGCACAUGUUGAUUCAAGUUGUAACUGAGUUUAAUCGUUGCUAUCUACUGGCUAUUGAAGUAGAGUUUGUUGGGUCAAGUCAGAACGGGAAUAUGCUGAUUCCGAGUGUAAAUAAAACAGUUUCUAUAUAUUAUCUUUA